CAGGUGUGUGAACAUCAGAAGCUUCAGUUUGAGCCAGUUCUGGGUUUAAAACGCAUUUCUGAAGAACACAGUUAUCAACGUUUAUGUUUGUAUAUUAUAUUGGCUUAGUUUAAAAUGCAUUAUGAAAAAAUGAAUCGCGUCUUUUUGUUUGGAUUGUUCUCUAUAACACUAGUUCACUCUGCGCUGAACGGAAUGUUUAAGACCGAGUGCCGCGAUCGUCAUUUCUGGCUGACUGUAAAGUCGCACUUCCUAGGAAUCAAGUUCUGGUUUGAAGUGCAAGGAAAGUCUGGUGUGCGUCCAAUUGAGGGUCAGUGGGCAGCGGAGUGCGGAUACACGGUGCAGCUGGACUCUUGGGGAGACCUCACACUCCGCGCUUCGUACCUGGCCUGCGCAGUGGACAACCAGGGUGACUCUGAGUUCCGGCUGAUGUUGUGGUUUGUGAACGAAGGUGCCGAUGGAGAGGGAAUGUCCCACCAUCCUCUACUGCUGUCCUGUAGCCUUGUGGAGCCAUGGCGCCCCCGAGAGAUCAUCUGUGAGAACAACUACAUGGAGGUAUCUGUGGAGAAACAGGUUCCUGCUGAUAAUCACAGAGGAACCGAGCGGAUCUUUCCAGCUCCUGCAGACGAUAUGCUGCGUGAAUGGCGUGUGUUAUUCCGUGUGCCUGAUCUCCAGCAGCACCCAGGCACCGGCUGGCCUCCGCUGAAGGAGGAGAUUAUACCUGUAAACCUGGUGCACCUGCUGGGUUACAGCAUCAAUACCACAGCAACCCGCAUCAUCCUGCGCUGCAGCUACGGGUCCCGACUGGCGUACACACUGCAGGGCGGUGAUGUUACAGUAGAAGUGGUCAGCACUACCAUCAUAUACAGACAUCACUGGACGCUGCUCAGAGUGGACAUGUCAGUGGCCUGCACCACAACUCAGGGCAGUUUGGAUGGAGCAGAUGUUGUGUGGACUUUGCCCUGGCUGCUGCCCCCCCUGGUGGUGCCCCCAGUCGGUCAGAAGAAUCUGAAGGUGGCAGUGGGGGGGCGCUACAUCACCCAGUGCGUGGCACGUCACCGUGGUUACAGGAUCCAUGACAACAACAACACUGUUGAGAUCCGCAUCCCAUUUGGAGCUGAAGGAGGACGACUCAAGAGUGGUGUAUCUGCAGGUGUUUAUCUUCAUCUGUACGAGGUGGAUGUGGAGCUGCUGAGAGAGUGGCAGGAUUCAGCCUGGAAACAAACCCAGCAGCGCACCUUCAGAACCCUGAGAGUCCACCAGAACAGCCCCAUCAACAUCUCCAACUACAUGGCGCCCUCUGGUGGAGAGCUGGUGCUGUCUGUCGGGGAGUUCCUUUCUGACGUGAUGUUGGUAAACGUGACCGUAGCAGGACGGAGGUUUAGUUUGGAGGAAGCUGAGCGGAACGCGGUCCGAAUCUCUCAGGUUCCUUUCCCCAAUGGCACACACUCCUACCUGCUGCAGGUGCCCUUCACACACCCCCUUAUCACACAGCAGUAUUUGGGUAAAGGCCACAGGAACUAUUCUCUCUCUGUGCUUUUCUCCUUCCUGCUUUCUCCUGAUGGAGAAACCUUCCACAUUCCUGCUAAUGUCCACUCCAGCCUGCAGGACGUGGUGGUUCCAUGGUUGAAGGGCGAGUGUACGGAGCGUGGUGUGCGGAUCCUGGUGCGUUAUGGGAAUUUGCGGGGAGAGUGGAGUGUGUAUGUGGGCGGACUGAGGCUGGACUGGCAGCUGGUUAAGGAUGGACAGUACGUUCUGGAUACCACAGGGGAGUUCAUCACCGUGGAGAUCCCGCUGUACGCUCCAGGGAUGGACUACAGGGGUUUGGACCUGCGUGGUCUGGCGGUCAGUGUGUGGGUUAGUUUGGUCCACAUGGAGACGCUGGAGGAGUUCACUCACCUGCAGGAGUGUGUGAUGCCUGUGGAGGAACUGCUCGUGUGUCUGCCGGACGGUCAGAUGGUGGUGCUGUUGGACAUGUCUCGUGUUUUGCCUUCUGUGGAUCCUAAACACACUGCCCUGCUGGACCCGUCCUGCGGCCCGCUGGACACUGACCACUCUAGGGCGCUCUUCAGAUUCCCUGCAGAGUCCUGUGGAUCCACCAUUACUCACAUGGAUGGUCAUGUGACCUACACCAAUGAAGUGAGGCUCCUCUCCCCAGGCCUCUCCCAUGUCAGGCCACACCCCCACCCACACCUGUCCAACAGUGUUCCUGUGAUGUGUGUGUAUCCGGAGAGCGAGCCCCGCAGUGUGUCCAUCUACAGGCCACGGUCCACAGCGCCCCCUACUGCAGCACUCAGACCCCCGUCACGCACUCGGCACUCAGAAAUAAAACGGCGCCCUCUGCCUGCUGGAGGAUGAUAAAGCGGCCAGUGCACUGUUGCCGUGACGACAGCACCAGAUGCAGCAGCAUGGUGAAACACGAGUGGCCGUCCGGUCCGUUUGGUCGGCAGCGCCGUCGGUCACUUGCUUAGCUGAA